CCAAAGCCAGCUCUGGCCAAACCCACAAAUGACCCAAUCCAAAGCCAGCUCUCGAAUCAAUCAUACUAGAAAGUUAAUUUCGAGUGCAUACAGCAAGAUCUAAGGUUUCGGCGGUUCGAAAUCAUGACUGAUUGGAAAAAGGAGGAGCAAUAUGUCUACAUCAGCUGUGUUGACGUGGCAAGGUACUCUUUUGUCAGCCACCUCUCCGAUGCUCUCCGGCGAGAAGGCAUCUCUGUAUUUGUCGAUGGCGACGAUGUGCUUUCCAAGGAGUUGCAGGAAAAGGUGCAGGGAGCUCGGGUUUCUGUGAUGGUUUUACCCGGAAACCGUACGGUAUGCCUUGACAAGCUCGUGAAGGUUUCCGAGAAGGCGCAGGCUCUGGUUCCAGUGUUGUACGGCGUAAUUCCAUUAAAUGAAGAAUGGCUUGUCAAGCUGGAUUCGAGGGGCUUAUCACCAGUCCACCAGUCUAGGAAGGAAUGCAGUGACUCCAAACUUGUAGAAGAGAUUGUCAGAGAUGUGAAUGAGAGGCUCUUACAUAUGGGACGAAUUGGAAUCGACUCAAAGGUGGUAGAUUUAGAAAACAUGAUUAACAAGCAACCGUUGGGAAUCCGUUGUGUUGGAAUUUGGGGUAUGCCUGGCAUAGGCAAGACAACACUUGCUAGAGCUGUCUUUGAUCAGGUAUCUGGCGGAUUUGAUGCUUGUUGUUUUAUCGAAGACGAUGAUAAAGCUACUGAUGAGAACAGACUUUAUCGUAGUUUGGUGGAACAAUUAGUGAAAGACCAGCCUGGAAAUAGCGGUACCAUUACGAAACUGAAAUUGCGUAGAGACAAAUUAAAGAAUAAGAGGGUUCUUGUUGUCCUCGAUGACGUGCGUAAUCCUGUGGUUGUAGAGUCUUUUCUCGAAGGGUUUGACUGGUUCGGUCCCGAAAGCCUGGUCAUCAUAACCUCCAGAGAUAAACAGGUGUUUCGCCUUUGCCGAAUCAACGAAAUAUAUGAGGUUCAGGGUCUAAAUGAGCAAGAGGCUCUUAAGCUCUUCAAGCUGUGUGCAUCUAUAGAGGAUAUGAGAGAGCCGAAUCUCCACAAGCUGUUAAUGAAAUUAAUAAAACAUGCUAAUGGAAACCCGUUAGCUCUAAGCACCUAUGGCAGAGAGCUGACGGGCAAGAAAAGACCGCCAGAGAUGGAGACUGCACUCCUUGAACUCAAGGAACGUCCUCCAUUUAAGUUUGUUAAGGCAAUCAAGAGCAGCUAUUGCACACUCAAUGACAGUGAAAAGAACAUUUUUCUGGACAUAGCUUGUUUUUUUCAGGGAGAAAAUGUCGACUAUGUGAUGCAACUACUCGAGGGUUGUGGUUUCUUUCCACAUGUUGGAAUCGAUGUCCUUGUUGAGAAGUGUUUGGUGACUAUCUCAGAAAGCCGAGUUCGGAUGCAUAACUUGAUCCAGGACUUUGGCCGAAAAAUACAGAUCGAGAGUCGCAGCAGACUAUGGGAACCUCACAGCAUCAAAUAUUUAUUAGAAGAUAAUGAAGACGAAGCAAAUGGAAUUCGGAGUGCUCAGGGCACUGAAGAGAUCGAAGGCAUGUUUCUGGACACAUCAGACUUAAGUUUUGAUAUCAAGCCUGAUGCCUUUGUGUAUAUGUUGAACCUUAGAUUUCUGAAGAUUUACUGUUCCGAUCAUGAAAUCCGUCCUGUAAUCAAUUUCCGCAAAGGCUCUCUCCAUUCUCUUCCUAAUGAGCUAAGACUCCUCCAUUGGGAGAAUUAUCCUCUGGAAUCCUUGCCUCAAAAUUUUGAUCCUAGACACCUUGUUGAAAUCAACAUGCCAUAUAGUCAACUUCAGAAACUUUGGGGUGGAACCAAGAAUAUGGAGAUGCUAAGGACGAUCAGGCUUUCUCAUUCCAGGCAUCUGGUAGAUAUUGAUGAUAUUCUAAAAGCGCCAAAUCUUGAGGUAGUUGAUCUCCAAGGUUGUAAAAAACUACAGAGUUUCCCACCCACAGGUCAAUUGCUGCAUCUCCGAGUUGUAAACCUCUCAGGCUGCACAAAGAUUAAAAAAUUCCCUGAGAUUCCACCAAAUAUUGAGACAUUGCAUCUCCAGGGUACUGGCAUAAGAAAAUUACCACUUUCCAUUGUGAAGCAAAAUGAAGGAGAGCUUGUGAAUCUUCUAGCAGAAUUCCGGGGUCUUCCAGAUGCCUUGAAACUUGAGCUAACAAGUCUGGCGAAAUCUAGCUCAUCUAGUCAAGAUCUUGGCAAGCUUUUUUGCUUGGAGUUGAAAGAUUGUUCUCGUUUGCGAAUUCUGCCUAACAUGGCUAAUUUGGAACUUCUUAAAGUUCUUGAUCUGUCUGGCUGCUCAGAGCUUAAGACUAUUAAGGGUUUCCCACGAAACCUGAAAGAGUUAUAUAUUGCUGGCACUGCGGUAAGAAAAGUGCCACAACUUCCUCAAAGUCUAGAACUUUUGUAUGCACAUGGUUGUCUCUCUCUGAAAUCAAUUUGUUUGGACCACGAGCAUUUUCCUAUGCAUUACACGUUCAGUAAUUGUUUUGAUCUAUCUCCACAAGUGGUUAGCGAUUUUUUAGUCGAAGUGCUGGAUAGUGUAAAACACAUACCAAGAGAACAUCCGCAGGAACUCAACGAAGCUCUGGCUUUCAGCUUCUGUGCCCCCUCACACACAAAUCAAGAUUCCACCCUUGAUUUGCAACUAGGAUCUUCUGUAAUGACACGACUAAAACCUUCUUGGAGGAACACGCUUGUGGGCUUUGCUAUGCUAGUGGAAGUUGCAUUUUCGGAGGAUUUCCAUGAUGCUACUGGUUUAGGCAUUAGUUGUGUUUGCAGAUGGAAAAACAAGGAAGGCUUCUCUCGAAGGAUAGAAAGAAAUUUUCAUUGUUGGGCUGCAGGAAAAGUUGUUCCAAAAGUCCAAAAGGAUCAUAUGUUUGUCUUCUAUGAUGCCAAAAUGCGUCCAAGCACUGAUGAAGGAAACGACCCCGAUAUCUUAGCUGAUUUAGUUGUAUUUGAAUUCUUUCCUGUUAACAAGCAGACGAAGCUUCUAGAUGAUACUUGCACAGUGACAAGAUGUGGAGUCUGUGUUAUAACUGCUCCAACUGGCAAUACAAGUCUUGAGCAUAUUUCAGCAGAUUUGUCCAUCGAUCCAGUGGAAUUUUCCGAUAAUGGAGUUGAUGAAGUAUCGAGAGUUACCUAUGAUGGUUUACAGGAGAUAGACAAAGAUUUAUUUCUUUAUAUAGCAUGUUUGUUCAAUGAUGACGAUUUUGACUUGGAUCCACUUAUUGCUAGCAUUGGCGUGGACAUCAGCUCUGGGCUCAAGGCGUUAGCCAAUAGGUCUCUUAUACGUGUAUCUUCCAAUGGGGAAAUAGUGAUGCAUAGUUUGGUACGACAAAUGGGUAAAGAAAUUCUCCAUAAACAAUCAAUGCUGCCUGGUAGCUCAAAAGAUUUAACAAGAGACUUUGAGAAGGUGUCCAUGGCUUCUUCUUCAUCUCGCAAUUGGAAUAAUGAUGUUUACCCGAGCUUCUGUUUGCAAGAUGUCAGAAUUGGAUUUCUCAGCCACUUCUUUUCGGCAUUCAAACAUAAAUCAAUCAACAUAUUUAAGGUUACUGUAAUAGAGAGAGGCCAGUUGAUCCCUGUACAAGCGAUAAGAGAGUCGAGGAUCUCGAUUGUUGUGUUCUCCAAAAAGUAUGCUUCUUCAAGCUGGCUUCUGAACGAGUUGGUGGAGAUCGCAAAGUGCAGGCAAGAGUUGGGUCAACACGUGAUACCAAUCUUCUAUGAUGUUGAUCCUUCGGAAGUACGAAAACAGACCGGUGAAUUCGGACGGCACUUCAAACAGACUUGUAAGGGCAAAACAGAGGAUGAGAAACAACAAUGGCUGCGAGCUCUAAACGGCAUAACAAGCAUUUCUGGAUACAAUAUUGCGAAUAGGGAUUACCAGGCAAACAUGAUUGAGAAAGUUGUCCUUGAUGUUUCAAACAAACUGGGCCGUACGGCAUCAGUUGAUGUUUCAAACGAAUUGCGCUGCACGUCAUCGACUGAUUUUGAUGGUUUUGUUGGAAUCGAAGCUCAUCUUGCAAAUAUGAAUUCGCUGCUGUGCUUGGAAUCCGAGGAAGUAAAGAUGGUCGGAAUUUGGGGUCCCUCGGGGAUUGGUAAGACUACAAUUGCUAGAUUUUUAUUUAGUGAAAUCUCUUCAGAAUUCCAACAAACCGCUUUCGUAGAGUUAGCAAGCUUUCGUUGUAAUCGCCCCCUGGAUGAGUAUGGUGCGAAGGUGUAUCUUCAGCAACUAGUUUUAUCCGAAAUUUUUAACCAAACGGAUAAAAAGAUAAAUCAUUUAGGUGCGAUGCAAGAAAGGCUAAAGGAUCAGAAAGUUCUUAUCAUUUUGGAUGGUGUGGAUGAUCUGGAGCAACUAGAAACUGUGGCAGAAGAUAAUAGCUGGUUUGGUUCAGGGAGCAGAAUUAUUGUGAUUAUAAACGAUUCACAUCUUCUGAAGGCUCAUGAGAUUUUUGAUAUUUACAAGGUGGGUUUACCAUCUAAAAAGCAAGCUCUUCGGAUGUUUUGCCAAUACGCUUUCGGGCAAAAAUCUCCACCUGCUGGUUUCAUGGAACUCGCAACUGAAGUUGCGGAGAGUGCCGGUAAUCUUCCGUUGGGUCUCAAAGUUUUUGGUUCUUAUUUGCGAGGGAUGCACAAAGAGGAAUGGUUGAAAGCGUUGCCUCGGCUCAGAGAAAGCUUGGAUGGACAAAUUGAGAGCAUAUUAAGAUUUGGGUAUGAUGGAUUAUUUGAAAAAGAUAAAGCUUUAUUUCUUUACAUCUCAUGUUUAUUUAAUCAUGCUACGGUUGAAGAUCUCACACGAUUGCUUACAAGCUGCUUCUUAGAUGUUAAGAUUGGGCUUAAAAGAUUAGCUGAGAAAUGUAUCAUAGAUAUAUCAGAACAUGGAAAUAUUACGAUGCACCAUUUGCAACAACGCUUGGGUAGAGAAAUCGUCCGUAGAGAGUGCAUUCAUGAGCCUGGAAAACGUCGUUUUUUGGUGGAUUGUGUGGAUAUUUGUAACGUCCUUGCAGAAAACACUGGGACUAGAAGAGUUUUAGGGAUAUCGUUAGACAUGUCAGAAACCAAGGAGCUUUUAAUAAGUGAGAGAGGGUUCAAUGAAAUGUAUAAUCUCCAGUUCUUGAAAUUCUACACAAAAUUGGGGGAUAACGAAGUUAAGGUGCUCUUACCUCAUGGCCUUGAUUUCCUGUCUCAUAAUCUCAGACUACUGCAUUGGGAGCGCUUCCCAUUGAGAUGCAUGCCUUCUAACUUCAUUCCAAAAUACCUCGUUGAACUCACAAUGAUAGCUAGCAAGCUUGAAGAGCUGUGGAGUGGAAUUCAGCCUCUUGAAUGUCUCAAGUGUGUGAAUCUACGGAGUUCCUUAGACUUGAGAGAAAUGCCAGAUCUUACUUACGCCACCAAUCUUGAGACAUUGGAUCUUGGCGGUUGCUCGAGUUUGAUGAAACUUCCUUCCUCUAUUGGGCAUCUCCAUAAAUUGAAGGAUUUGGACAUGGAACGUUGUAUAUCUCUGGAGGUUCUUCCAACCGGCAUCAACUUGGAAUCUCUCGAUUACCUUAAUCUGAAUGGAUGCUCACGGUUGACAAGUUUUCCUGAAAUUUCAAGAAGUAUUUCAGAUCUCUAUCUUGAUGGAACUGCGAUUGAAGAAGUUCCUUGGUGGAUAGAGAACAUCUCUGGGCUCUCUUACCUAUCGAUGAAUGGUUGCAACAAGUUAAGGAAGAUCUCCCCAAACAUAUCUAAACUGAAACAUCUCGUGGAGGUAGACUUUUCAGAAUGCAAAGCACUUACUGAAGAUAGCUGGCAAAAUUAUCAUGGGGAGAUCUCUACUUCUCUUAUGAAAGUAAACCUGUCUGGUAACAGUUUUGAGAGACUUCCCGACACAUGGACUUCCAUUCAACCAAAAGAUCUUGACCUCGGUAAUUGUAUAAAUAUCGUGUCACUGCCAGAGCUCCCUGCAUCGCUCUCCAUUCUGACGGCUAAUUAUUGCGAAUCACUUGAGAGUCUACAUGGCUCCUUCCACCACCGACAUAUGGCUCUCCAAUUUAUUAACUGCUUCAAACUGAAUCACGAAGCGAGAGAAUUCAUUCUACAUUCAGACUGUGCGUAUGCUAUCUUACCUGGUGGAGAACUUCCUGCAUAUUUCACUCAUCGAGCUGAUGGCAAUUUCCUAACCUUCACUUUACCUCGAAUAUCUCUUUCCAGAAAAAUCUUGACUUUUAAAGCUUGCAUGGUGGUUGAAUCAAGAGUAUCGUGGUUUGACUUUGGGGUAGUUUCGCUUUUCAGAGGCAGAGACGAUAAUAAAUAUUUUAGUUGUUCGAGAAACAUAUACUCUAAGAGGAAUCAUCUCAUCAUAUUCAAUUUUGAGCUCUCUUCUGACGGAGUCAAUUAUCCUCCAGCUGAGUUGAACCAUAGCGAUGUGCAGUUUGAGUUUUUUUGCCUUGACCAUACGAAGGAAAUAAGAGAGAUAAAAGAAUGCGGUGUACAACUCUUGGAGGUUUCUCCAUCUCUGGGAUGAUAGUAGGAAAAGCUCUGAAACUAGGACGACGACAAAUAUGGAGAGAACGACGCGGAGGCAAUGAGAAGCAGGAAUCAAAUGCGUAUAGCUCGUUCGGUCUAUAGGUGGAGCAUCUAGCUACUUAUGUUUCUUCUAGAUGGCUGAGGAGGCGUUUCUAGUUUGAUCCAGCUGCAGAACAAAGAGAUAUAAAGAGUGAAAGAGGAAAAAUAAUUACAACGAUGAUGAUGAUGAGAGAAGAGAUAGGAAAUUAAAAUGACGAAGCUGAAUCUGGAGGAAAGUGUUGAAUACUCUAAAGUGUGUGGAGGCUUGAGCUAAAGUGAAUGAUGGUUAAGAUAAACAAUUAUGUUCUCUGCUAUACAGAAGAACUCAAUUCCAAAGUUAAAUUACAGGAGAAGAUUAUGCUAAUGCAUGACACAGAUCAAAGACUGUCAUGGAUCUAUGUGCUGUUAUUAAAUAUUUAUUUCCUCUGCUUAGACAAGACAUUAGAGGAAGAUAGUGUUGCUAGGUUUGCUUUCAUCCGAUUUGGACUGAACUUUGUAAAGUUUUACUCUGUUUUUGUUUCUGUGGAACACAAACUACUUUUAUUGCAAGAGUGAAAAACGAUUACAGCUAA